AUGAAAUCAGAGAGAAACAGCGACACGGAGAAAGUGGCGUCAGGGUGGCAAAUGGAGGAAAGCCUAAAACAGAGGAAGCGAAAAAAUAGCCAUACAAACGCGGGACUGUUAGAACAUCAUGGGGUGGUUGCAGACGUAGACAAAGGGGGAAGCGAGAACAAGCGGACGGGAAAAAGAGAAGUGACGAAAAAGGUGCAGAAGGCCGAAAAGACGGAAAAAAAGGACAGAGACGAUCACGGCAACCCACGCAGAAGCCAAAGCGCUAUCGGCUUGGGUUCAUCAGUCAUUCCGGCGGCCCACUCGAAAAAGAACGACAGUGAGGUAAGUAGUCAGGUUAGUAGCCAACUUAGCAGUGAAGUUAGAAAGGUCACCCCAGAGGAUUAUGGGUACGACCUUGGAAUCGACAACGAUGUGGAGAACGAAAUGGACGACGAGUACGACGAUGACAUGAAUAGCCAGAUGGAUGACGUGCAGUUUGAUUUGUGCGAUUCUCAGGAGUAUGAAAAUGAACUGGAGGAAAAUAACACAAAAGGGGAGGGGAGUUUAAAGAAGAACCUGGGGGAUAAUUCGGGCUACACAGACACGGAGGUCUCCUACGUGAGCGAAAUGAGCAAGAGCAAAUUGGACGCGAAAAAUGACUGCUGCUGUUGUUUCGCAAGAAGGGGGAAGAAGUACACAAGCGUAGAUAUUCACAACUACGGGGAUGUGCACAACUGUGCCGAGGUUAACCAUUGCCGAUGCGCCAAGAGUGGGCACUGCAUAAAGUGCGAACGCGGGAAUCAAAGCCAGAAGAAGAUGAAAAACGCAAGCAGCGAGCUGAAGAACAUGGACUGGUUGAUCUACACCAUAAGAUACAUGGAUUAUAGACGCCUGCGAAGAAGGUUCAACGGAAUAAGGAAGCCAAUUUCGAAGAAAAUUGUCUUCAUUAUAACCAUUUUCUGUUUAAUCCUCAUAUCGUGGAAGUAUUUUAAAACGUCCUAUGAGAAUAGCAUGCUUACAAUUAGCUUCAAAAUUCAGACGUCCUUUUUAUUUUUUGUAGAAGCCGCCUUGGUAAUCAUUGGAGUGAUCAUUUUUGCAAAGUUCCAAACGAGGCUGAGUUUACACUGGCCUAUUUACGCCUCCUACAUAUUUAUAAUCUGCGCCUCCAUUUUGUUAAUAUUUUAUGAGAAGGACAAAUAUGAUAAAAUCUCCAGGGGGGAACACAUCCUAAUGAUUUAUGGGUUAGUUCAAUUGUCCCUAAUAAUUAUAGUGAAGGUUAUUAUUUGUAUUGGUCCCCUUCUGGCUAUAUAUGGUUUUUUCUGCCCAUGUACAGAGCACUGUCGAAUUUUAAAGAAGAAAGUUUCAACGAAUAAAUUGAAUAUAACGGUAAGUCGGUAUAACGAUUUCGCUGGGAUGUGUGGAAAUAACUUUUGCUGUUUUUGUCUCUGUGCUUAUCGAUCCUUCUAUCGUAUUGUAAACUGUUUUUAUAAAAAGUUUUCCAAUUUACGUUUCAAAAUGGCAAAUGAUAGUAUUAAUGAAGCCCCUUUUAGUCAUCAGUUAAGGUAUAAGGGGAAGACUGAUAUAUAUGGUAGACCGCAUGGGUAUGGAGAAUGGAUUGAAGAUCAUUCUUAUGGAGAGAAGCUAAGAGGUUUCUGGUUCCAUGGGUACCCAGUAGGUCCCUUUAUAUCACAGGAAGUUGGAAGUGGAUCUCUAUUUGUUAAUACAAGAGUUGGCUUUGCCGCCUGUGUGGGAAAAGAUUGGUCAGAUGUACGAUAUGGCGUUUCCUGUACGGAAUGCUCUAUCAGUGGCCACUUUUUUAAUGACUUUCCAUUGACAUAUUUUUUUAAUCCAAAAAUUGAGAAGGAUGCCAAUGGGAGGUUGCCAACCAAUAGGUAUGAUAUUAUUGUGAAGGACAUUUUGAAGGAAAAUUAUGAGGACAUUUUAGGGUACGAUUUGAAGUGGUGUUUUAAUAUGCUAAAGGUUAAUAGUAGCACUACGACGGAAUAUUUUUCCAACAACUGCAUGAUUUCCAUUGACCAUGUGACUAUGAGCUUGAAGGUUCACAAUUACAAACGGUUGGGGCCUAUCAAGGCGAGGAAUAAUAACAUCCUCGACGAAAUUACCGUAAAAUUGGUACACCUCCCCAAGGUGAAAAAGGGGAAAAAAAUUUACAAAAGGGGUUGUCCCUAUAAAUUUAGCGGCAAUGGAAACAACACUGUGCUGUAUGUGAAACCGGAAAAAAAGCACGAUGAACAGGUCAAGGGACAUGAAGGUGAAGAAUUUUUUUACUCCAACCAGAACAGAAUUCAUAGCAAUACUAAAAAGCUAAGUGCACAUGGGAACCAGAAUUAUCCAAAUGAACUGAAGGACGACAACUACCAUUCUUACUACACACAUAGGCUGUCAGACAAGCUGCUGGACUCUGUAAAUGAUGACAUUUAUUUGUACAAAAUGAAUAAGUCGAUUAAAUCGACCGAAAUACACAAAGCGCCAUACCUGUUCGAUCACAGUGGGAGCAGCACCAGUCCUGAUGAGGACGCAAAAAGGGGUGCAGACGGAAUCGGUCAAUCCGUGAACAGUCAACAUGGUUGUGUUUUUCCCCAUCGGAGUAACUAUUAUGGCGCAAGGGGAAAAUAUCCUUAUCGCCACAUGGGUGGAGGCAGCGACAGUGGCAGCUCCAUCGAAGUGCAUUUCGGCAGAAGAGAUGAACAAACAGGUAAACGUUCAAACGAAAGAGAGAGGAAGCGUGGAAUGUGCCAUAUUCCUCCACAUGUCAACCUCUUCACAGAGGAUAGCGCUGCCAGAAGUAGCUCCUCCUUUUGCCGAAAGGAUGACACAUUUGUUGUUAAUAUAAGCGGCUUCGGAAGUGACAGGCGGUGCAGUGGGGGGGGACGAUCCCAUGGUUUACAUGUUGUUGGACCGGGGAGAAGAACACCGAAUAAGGAGAAAAGAAAGAAGCUGCGCAGAAGGGUACCGCUCCAUGGGGAAGAAAACUCAUACAUGGAGGAUCCUUCCCUUUAUAGCGAACACGAACAGGAAGGUUUCCAGUGCAGAGAAGAAGAACUACUCUGUGAGAACGUUUUGCGUGCGAAGUUUAGGGAGCACCCCACCGUGGGGAUGGAAAAGGGGGGAAGCAAUGAAAAGAGGGAAAGCGUCGGUAGGGCGAGGCGGAGAAGCGAAUCUGAGGGGAGCACCCCGAAACACCAUCAAGAAGGAGAAAAAAAGCAGAACAAAAACAGAGUUACCCUACCGAAUGAGCAGGAUAAGAACGUCGAAUCGGACGAAAGGAAAAGCAUGGACUCCCCGAAGGCAAAAAAAAAUGAGGAACAGAAAUGGAAAGAAAAAACAGUUAACCCAAAGGAUACAUCAAGUGGCACAUCAAAUUUUGGAGAAAACAAAGCGUUAUUCCUUUCGGACAUUUUUAAAUCCUUUAUAAAAUCGGGAAUAGCCAAAAAUUCAAGAAAAAAAAAUGUGAAAAAUAACUCCAGUGACGACAUAGAAAAUGAUAGGCACAAAAUGUAUACGGACAAAAGGACGAAGAGUAAAAAAUCGAAAAGGAGUUAUUCAAAUAUGAAUAAAGGAAGGAAAGAAAUUUACAACAAGACAAUGAAAAAAGUAAGUCUGCGCAGAAUGAAAAAUUCAAAGAUAAAAGGAUUUGUAAAAAAGUACACGAAACAGUACAGAAAAGGAUCUAUCUACAUAACCUCCAAUAAUAAGAAAAUCGAUAAGUUCAUUCGAUCCAAGUAUAAUAACAAUAGUAAGAACACACAAAUAAUAAGCACCUUGGGGGACACAGUAAAGAGUAUCAAUGAAUCCUUUGGCAGUUUGAAUGGUGCCAAUUUAUCCAGCUAUAAUAUGAAGAGGAAUAAAACAAUUGCGCAGGUUUUUGCUGAAGAAGAUGAAUGGGAAAAUUAUCGCCAUCAACACAAGGAAAAAAUUAUUGUAGAAGGUUGGCAAUCAUUAUCUUUAAAACAGAAUUUAAAUUUUAUGCCAGACGAAAUUGUUAUAUAUAUACAUGGAUAUAAUGUGAAGUUACAUCAUGGAUGUUCUCAGUUGGCUCACUUGGUUUCUUUUUCCAAGUUGCCGUCCUACAUCCAACCGUUUGUUUUUCACUGGGAAGGCUACAUGUGGGGUCCGCUUUCGGCUCUGUCCUACCCGGUUGCGAGGAAAAGAUCCGAAAUGGCUGUCUUGGGAAAUUCUUUCAAAACAUUUAUACGGGAGCUUAUAAAAUCGGGCAUUAAGAAUGUGCAUCUGAUAAGUCACUCCUGUGGUUCAAGGCUAUUUUUUAACGGGUUCGCUAGCUGCGUGGAGGAUAACCUGUUUUAUAACGUACUGAAGAGUGAAAAGUCGGCCGGGAAGAAGGGGGAUCAUGAUGAAGGCGGGGCCAAGCGCGAUGCGGCCAACGACGAUAUUAGCGAUCAUAGCAGCGAUGAUGGAAGUGAGGAGUGCCGCUUGGGGGGCAGUACGAUCGAACGCCCGCCAGGCAAAAAGCGGGGAAAAAAAAAGAACAAGCAAAUCAUAGUCAAAACAGUCAUUUUACUGAACCCAGAUUACCCACUGGACAAGUUCCUAGAAACAGACUUUUUCGUUUUGAGGAGCCACUGCAACCACAUCGUCAUGUAUGGAGACACGAGGGACCAGGCCCUGACCUACUCCGAAACGUGGAAUCGAGAAAAGUGUUUAGGAAAAAGAAUUUUCAAGCUGAAGUUACCCCUGUACAAAAUAUAUAAUUGUGAAGAUUACUUGAAUUUAAAUUUGGACCGAAGUAAUUUCCUCACGGGGAAUUACGAAGACAAAUACAAAAUGUGUGACAACGUUUUGUUCCCCAAUUCGUCCUACGUGGAGGAAAAAAUGAGGAUGAAACAGAGUGAGCGAAUUGGGGAGCAGUUUGACAGGGGUGACAAGCAAUACAACAGAGCGAAAGAAAAUGAGAGAGAAGAAAGUCAGACACAAAAUAAAUCCACGAAUACUAAUGCAAACACCAGUGGGAAUGACCAACAUGUCAAUAAGACCGUUCGUAAGACAUCCACAUAUGACUAUGAUGAAGGUGCCUCCUGCAUUUCUGAAGAUUUAGCGCAGAAUUACCUGAAUGAAAAUUUCCUCAAAACGGUGGAGUUUAGUGACUCCAGUUUAAGGGCCUUUACAUCCAAAAGGAGGUUUAAAAUAUCCAAGGCCUUUAAAAAAUUUAAAAGAAAAUGGCUAUUCAAAAAUAAGAAGAAGCACAUUUAUUUUAACCAAAACACUGUUAAUACGUCUAAUAAUAUAAAAAUGAAAGAAAGGGUGUCUAAAACGUCCAAUCAGACGUCUAAAAAAACAGACACUGUUUAUAUUUCCUUCGAUAAAUACGCUUGGCUAGACAUGGAUGUGAUUGACACAACUUUCGUCGAAACGAAUGUGGAUUUUUUAAAGCAUUCUUUUUAUCAGGUGAAAAGAGAAAUUAUGGAUGAUAUACGGGAGGUACUAAUUUCGAAUAUACGUGCGCACGAGCGUGUCAGCCGGUUGGACAGACGGAGAGGCAACGUCUUUGUGCUGCGCGUAGCUCCAGCUGGGGUUGGCAGCCUCCAUCGGUAA